AUGGCCGCCGAAACUUUGCCCGCCUCGGUCGAGGCCCUCACCCUCCAGUCGACCACACAGAAGUCCGAGUUCCCCGGCUGCUUCCCGUCCCUGAACCCCAUGGACAUUUACCGCGAACAUAUUGCGACAGAGCUGAGCAAGGCCACCGACAUUGAUGCGCAAAAGAUCUACUCUCGCCUCGCAUGGACAAAGACCCUGGACCAGGGCGACUUGUCGCUGCCGGUCCCCUCGCUCGGAAUUAAGAAGAACCCCCAGGAGCUGUGCCAGGAAUUGGCCUCCAAAUUCCCCGAAUCCGACCUCAUUUACCCUCCCACUCCCCUCGGCCCUCACCUGCAGUUCUUCUUCAAGCCCAAGGCCCUCACUGAGACCGUCCUUGGUCGUAUUAUGAAGGAGAAGGCUGCCUUUGGUACUAAUGGCAACCAGGGUCUUAAGGACCCUUCGGACCCCUCUAAGGGCCAGAAGAAGAUCAUCAUCGAGUUUUCCAGCCCCAACAUUGCUAAGGCAUUCCACAUGGGUCACUUGCGCAGUACGAUUAUCGGUGGUUUCCUCGCCAAUCUGUACACUGUCAUGGGAUGGAACGUUGUCCGCAUGAACUACCUUGGUGACUGGGGCAAGCAGUACGGUCUUUUGGCCAACGGCUACAAGGCUUUCGGUAACGAGGAGGCCCUCGCUAAGGACCCCAUCAACCACCUGUUCGAUGUCUACGUCAAGGUCAACCACAUUGUGAGCGACCAGGAUGCGCCCAUCAAGGAGUUGAAGGAGCAGAUCAAGCAGAAGAAUGAGAAGAGCGAGGAUGUCACUGCUCUGGAGGCUGAGCUUGCCAAGCUGGUUGAUGCUAGUGAGGACGAGAAGGCCCGCCGCUACUUCAAGAGCAUGGAGGAUGGCGACCCCGAGGCUCUUGCCCUCUGGCGCAAGUUCCGUGAUCUCAGUAUCCUCAAGUACAAGCAGGCGUACGCCCGUCUCAACAUUGACUUCGAUGUCUACUCCGGUGAGUCUCAGGUCAAGAAGGAGAGUAUGGCCAAUGCCUACAAGGCUAUGCAAGAUGCCGGCAUUGCGGAGGACUCUGAGGGUGCCGUUAUUGCAGACUUCACCAAGCACGGCGCCAAGAAGCUGGGCAAGGCCAUCAUUAUCCGCAAGGACGGUACUCCUCUGUACCUGACCCGUGACAUCGGUGCCAUCCUGGAGCGUGACGAAGAAUACAAGUUCGACAAGAUGAUCUACGUUGUGGCUUCGCAGCAGGAUCUUCACUUGGCGCAGCUCUUCAAGGUUACCGAGCUUUCCGGCCGUAAGGACCUGUCCGACCGUUGCUCACACAUUAACUUCGGUAUGGUCAAGGGCAUGAGUACCCGUAAGGGUACUGUUAAGUUCUUGGACGAUAUCCUGAACGAUGUCGGUGACAAGAUGCACGAGGUGAUGAAGAAGAACCAGACCAAGUACGAGCAGGUUGAGAACCCUGUCGCUACUGCCGAUACCCUGGGUAUCACUGCUGUUAUGGUUCAGGAUUACACUGGCAAGCGUAUCAACGGCUACGAUUUCAACCUUGAGGCUAUGACUUCCUUCGAGGGUGACACCGGCCCUUACCUUCAGUACGCCCACGCUCGUCUCUGCUCAAUGUUCCGCAAGUCCGGCUUGACCGAGGAGGAGUUGAACACCGCCAACUUCGAUCUCCUGUCCGAGAAGCACGCCGUUGAUCUAAUCCGUCUUCUGGCUUCCUACCCCGAUACUAUCCUCAACACCGCCAAGACUCUGGAGCCCGUUACUAUCUUGGCCUAUCUGUUCAAGAUGACCCACGCUCUGUCCUCUAGUUAUGAUGUCCUCAAGGUCGUUGGAAGUGAGCCCGAGCUUAAGAAGGCUCGCAUGGCCCUCUACUUCUCUGCCCGCCAGGUCCUCCACAACGGCAUGCGCAUCCUCGGCCUUAACCCCGUUCAGCGCAUGUAA